AUGGGGUUGCCUUUGUCAGUUGCUCAGGUUCUAGCAUCUCCAGAGUGGAAAGGUGGGGACCUGGUGCAGCUGGAGGAUACAGUGACUACUCCAAAGGCUGAAGACCUUGUGCUUAACUUUCCUUGGGUCCUUCCGUUUGUCAAGCAGUUCAGGGACCGAAUCCCAAGCCAGUUCUUCAUUACAGACUGCUUUGUCUAUUUGGACAAAACCUACAAUGACAAGUUGCUCAUUCCAGUUGAGGAAGGGGCCUCCAAAAUUAGCCUAGCGGUCAAUGAAGCCAAAAAGGUCAAGUUGCUCAUGGGCGCUUUGCGUGCGCGAAGCAAAGAGGAGGAGCAGGGUGAGGCAGGUGAUGAAUCUUCCCCCGAACAAGCAAAGGAAGACUCCAGUGAUGGUGAUCAGGAGGAGGACAGGGAGGAGAAGAGUGAGGGAGAGGAGGAAUCCCCAGCCCAAGAUGAGCCUAGUGAUGAUGAUGCGCACUUGGGAAGCCCUGAUGAUGCUUCUGAUGCUGGCGAGAUGUGUUCGCAGUGUGGCCAUGAUGAUGAUGAUGAGACCUCUGGGGAUGAGGAUGUGAAUCAAAAGGUUGUAUGUCGCGAUGAUGAUGGCUCAGGUGCAGAAACGCUCGUGCUUGGAUCGCUGGACCAGGAUCCGGUGAACCAUGAUGGUAGCGAUGCUUCUGAUCGUGAUACACAGCCUGAUUCCCCGGAUGUGGAAAACCUAUGCACACCUGAGAAACCUGAGUAUCCAUGGCGUGAGGAGUUGUUCCAGUCUCCCAUGAUGGGACGCGCCCCAGCCCCCUAUGACGAGCUUCAAGAGAUGUGUGUCGGUUUGUUAGAACAUUUUGGGGAGUUCCACCCAGAGAUUGCUGCGAUACUCAUCUUGAACGACGGGAUUACUCACUACAUGGAGCAUUGCGAGUGGUCAUUCGCUCGCUUCGGGUUGAAAGCUAGCGGUUGGCUGGGCACACAGGAAUAUUUCCAAGUGUGGGAGGAACGCUGCAGAGUUCUUGGUAACAAGGUGGGGAAAACCAGUGGGGGUUGUUCCACCUAUAUUUGA